UUUAAAUCUAAUGAAUAAUGUACUUAAAAUGUGAGAAUUGAAAAAAAGAAGGGAAAUAUGUAAAAUUAGUUGGGGAUGAGUCGUGUAUGACCACAUAAGAAGCACACUAAACCCAAACCCAACCCCAUUAACGCACAAAGGCCGAAAAAUCUCGCCUAAUCUCCUUUUUCCGUUUCCAAUUUUGGUCACCCCCACCGUGCCACGAUCUCUACCUACUUGUAACCGUUCCCCUUCUGGGUCACGGGGCUAUUCUCGUCAUUUCACCUCGCAAACCAGAUCGAUUAUCUUUUUGGCACGCCCAUUAAUAAUCACUUUUAUCUUUAAUUGUCGUUUAGGCCAGAAAUUAUCCCCCACGAAAUGACGAUGGUCCCGUGAUUAGACACACACCUGCCGAUAAUGCGCCACGUGGUCUUUGUCCACGUCAUCAAAGCCUCGUCUUUUUCUUCUUCUUCAUCUCACUCCCCCUCCGCUCUAUAUAACCACUCCCCACUCCAUUUUUUUAACUUCAGCUUCUCGCAAAACGACCCCUAUAUUCUCAUAUAAUUACAGAGCACCUCUCAUCUGGCCGGAGGAAUACCCACUGGCCGGGAAGUGUACUUCUCCGGCUGAUUCCCGCCCUUCGCAGAUGCAAUGUCCGUGCACCAGUUCACCGCCGUCACGUUGUGCGUGGAAAUCCGUAACGAAGACCUCUCCCUUCCUGGUAAUUUUCAGCUUCAUCAACUGCACGAAAAGCGAUCAAGAUCGAGAGGAGGUAUCAAUGAAUAAACGAUGUAUCAAUUUACUUUUAGCGUUUAUGUAACUAGCUCGGUUAAUUUUGAUCGGAUUGUCUGGCCGGCGGUGGAAGCUGAUUGUUUCCUUGAAAUCGAGUCUCUUAGUUGAUCUCUGUGAAAAUUGAGGCGUUGAGCACAGUAAUUGGUACUGAAUUGCUCGAGGAGCUGAGAGUGAGUGUGUCUGUGUCUGUGUGCAGGUUUAAUUUAGACUCUGAGUGAGUCGGGAAGUACAGAUUUGGUAGAAAUUAAAUGCCGAUGAUGAAGAUUCAGCCGAUUGAUUCCAUACCAUCAUCGAUCCGUGGAGAUGCUGCGAGGCCGCUGCCUAAAUCGCGAAUUAGGAGGUUUUUUGAUCGGCCUUUCACUAGCGCUCUGCGAAGCUCGUCGGCGUCGGAGAAACCUGCCGCCGCAGCCGGAGGAGUUGCAGUACCGUACGGGAAAGAUGGAGCUCCUUCCUCUGCUGUUGAGUUCGAGCCUAGCUCUGUUUCCUUGGAUAAGAUGGUCCGGAAUUUCAUAGAGGAGAGCAAUGAGAGGCAGCCGCCGUCUAAAAUCGGACGCAACCGCUGCAAUUGCUUCAACGGCAACGGCAGCGACAGCUCGGAUGAUGAAUUCGAUUUCGCAACCACCGGAUUCCCUGAUUUCCUCGCCAAUUCUUCCUCCUUCGGCGACUCAUCUGAUAGCAUCAAGAACUUGAUUCCUUGUGUAAGUGUUGCGGAGAGGAAUCUCUUAGCCGACACCUCCAAAAUCAUCGAGAUGAACAAGGCUUGCAAACGCAAAGACGAUCUCCGGUUAAUCGUCGCCGAUGGCCUCUUAGCUCUCGGCUACAACGCUUCCAUCUGCAAAUCCAAAUGGGAAAAAACUUCAUCUGUUCCUGCCGGAGAAUAUGAGUGCGUGGAUGUGAUCAUUGAAGGAGAAAGAGUGAUGAUCGAUGUGGAUUUCCGAUCGGAAUUCGAGAUUGCGAGAUCAACCGGGAGCUAUAACGCCGUUCUUCAGUUGCUGCCGCUCAUAUUCGUCGGAAAAGGUGACCGGCUUCUGCAAAUCGUGUCGAUCAUGUCGGAGGCUGCGAGGCAGAGCUUGAAGAAGAAAGGUAUGCACAUCCCGCCCUGGCGCAAAGCUGAGUACAUGAAAGCCAAGUGGCUCAGCCCUUACACCCGAACUUAUCCUCCUCCGCCGUCUCCGCCUCCGCCUCCGCCUCCGACGGAGAAGACCGAACCAGAACCCGAACCUAACGCAGAAUCCGAAGCCAACGAGGCUGAGGCCACGGCUGGAGAUGAAGUUUUGAGCGAAGGAGGAGAGCUAGACCUGAUAUUUGGAGAGAACACGACGUCGUUAGAGGCGUCACCGGUGAAUCCAUCACCCCCAGCUACACUUUCCGAGGCAUCUCCGUCGCUGAAACAGGCGGAGAUGAUGAUGUGGCAACCGCCGGCGAUAAAGCCCAAAAGUUGCGAAAGAGGGAAUCGGGUGGUGGUCACCGGAUUGGCUUCCCUUCUCAAGGAGAAACCGUAAAGGAGGAAAUAAAUUUUGAUCCUUUCU